AUGUUUCGGCGCGGUUUAUCAGACGCAGAAAUUGCGGAUUUGAUCAAUCAUAGCGACACUCUGGAUAAUGUAGAGAGUGAUUCAGACGAUUCUGAAUGCAAUGGUGUGUUUGAAGAAGACGAGAUUGAUGACAGUUUGUCUUCAGAUGAAGACGAGAAUGAUGUUGAAGGUGUUGCUUCAAAUCCAGCAGCUGUGCCGUAUCCGAAAGACAGUGAGUGGACUGCAGUUGACACCUACCGACCUCUGCCUGUCAACACGACACCCAGGCAGAUACUAGUGGAUAUUGAUGAGUCGAGUUCUGUACUGGAUUGCAGUAAAGUGUUCCUUACUGACAGUGACGUAAAUGAACUCAAGAGACAGACAAAUUUGUAUGCAUCACAGACAAUACAGAAGAAAAGAAGAGGAAAUAAUCUGAAGCCCCAUUCAGUUUUGAGUUCGUGGAAGCCAGUGACUAUAAGUGAGAUGAGGCGUUUCUUGGGUAUUAUUUUCCACAUGUGUGUUUCGAAAAAGCCAAAAAUUGCGGACCAUUGGAGCACUAAUCCUGUUCUUAGUUGUAACUUUUGUCCCCAUGUCAUGAGCCGUUUGCGUUUCACUCAGAUACUGUCAUGCUUGCAUCUUGUUGACAAUUCAAAUCAGAAAAAACCAGGCGAAGAUGGAUUUCAUCCACUUUACAAAGUUUUGCCAUAUUAUAAUAAUUUGAAGGAGCGAUGUAUCCAGGCAUAUCGUCCCUCAGAAAAAACCUGCAAGAAAACAGCUUUUGGUGGAAAGGACCAGCCUGGCUUAAAGAAGGCAUCACUUCACAGCCUGUAUUACAUGCCUCCAACUGUUAUGCAUCUCAGGAGAUGCCAGAAGAAAGGGCUAAAAUCCUCUGUCACAUCAUCAGCAGGAAAAGAAUUUGAUACAACGAAAUAUUCACAAAUUGACAUUACAUACCAGUCAGAUGAAGAUGAUGAGACUAAUGUUGGUCACAAUUUGAAUACAAGCUUAACAUCGGUUGGAAUAUCACCAUUAAAAUUUCAACGAAUUGGUGCAAGGGAUACAAAAGGAUAUGCAACGUGCAAAAUACAUCAAGUUGAAGGUGCCAUUAUUAAGAAAAUUGCAGAAGUGGGAGGACUUGAUCCCAGUGAAUUGGAGCAACCAUCAACAAAGAAACGUUUUGAGGAUGGAUGUACAGUGUCUGGUACAAGAGACCAUCACCAUUUUGUGCCAAUUGAUGAAAAGCAACUUAAGAUUCACAGAGUAUCAAGUGAUACAUCGUCCUUUAAAGCAAAUGUUAACCAGCAUGCUAAAGUUGAUACUGAACAUGUUGCCAUUAAUGAACUACAGCCUGGCCAGUAUGUUGCUUGUGUUUAUGAUGGAAAAUGGUGA